AUAAUAACUGUCCGCCCGAUUCCAUACAAAAACCCUCAGCGGGUGCACAAUUCACACAAUUUGUUCAAAAUAUUUUCAAAUAUGCUUUUCCCUUCCCUUUUCCUGGUUUUCGCUUCUGCCGUAUUGGCGUCCGAUGAUUUGAAUCCAUGUAAUUCCUCGUGGCAUUUCUUCAAAAAGACUGGAUGUUGCUACAAGACAUCUGAUGACAUGGGAACAUGGUUCGAUGGUACUGGAAUGUGUGCCAAGAUGCAAGUUGGAGCCCGAUUGGCGUCUCUUCGUGAUGAAGAUGAAUCCAAGUUUGUGGCAAAGUCUCAUAAAUCAGGAAUCGAUGGGAUCCAUGCAUGGACUGGGCUUUCGCAGACGCAAACCGCCAACAACUGGACGUUCACCGAUGGCUCAAAACCUUGGUCCUCCUUCUUCACCCCAUACGUUUUCCCGAAUAACCACACGAGUUGCGUUGAAAUUGUCGACAAUUGGCUUGUCGAGCUAUUUCAAAAUACUGGUAAAACACAACCAACGUUCUGCUACCACUAUCGUAAAGCCCUGUGCAAGUAUUGUCCAGUACCACCUGAAAUUCCAUCUGAGCCAACAAGUACUACACUGGCACCUGUUGUGAGAGCCAAACGAGAUUUGAUGUAAACAAGCUCUGAUGAAAAUAUCCAUGACUAAAAUAACUGUUCAUAUUCUAUAUCCUAUUCAUUUCUAUUGACAGGACGCUUAUAUUAUUUUAUAAUAUCCUGUUUACCAGAUCUCUCACUUUUUGAAAAUUUUGUAAUUUGAAACUUUUACAUGUAAAUGAAAAAUUUGUA